AAUUCCCCUAUUCCUCAAUCUCAAAGCAGAGCAACAAUCAAAAUCUCCUCUGCAACCAAACCACUACUAUUACACUACAGUGCUAGUACUUACUAUCAAUUUCAAAGAAGAAGAACAAUGGUGAAACACAUAAGCGAGAAACCUGCAAUUGAGAGAUGCGAUUCACGAUUCAAAGGUGUUCGAAAGCGAAAAUGGGGGAAGUGGGUGUCCGAAAUCAGACUACCCAACAGUAGGGAAAGGAUUUGGUUGGGAUCUUUUGACACCGCAGAGAAAGCAGCGCGUGCUUUCGACGCCGCUCUUUUUUGCUUACGCGGCAGCUCUGCUAAGUUCAACUUCCCUGAUAACCCACCGGAGAUAGCCGGUGGUAGGUCUUUGACACCGUCCGAAAUCCAACUCGCUGCUGCACGCUUUGCGAACUCCGAGCCUCCAAGGACCCAUUCAGACCAGUCCGCCUCUGGGUUUCAAACGGAAUCCCCUUCACCGUCGAUUUCAGACGGGACAGUACAGUUCGAGGGUGAGUUGCCUAUGGACGGGUCGUUCCUGGAUCUUUUGACAAUGGAUUUGGAUAAUUACGCUUCGGAUUAUGGGAUAUUCCCUGGAUUCGAUGACUUUUCAAGUGAUUUUCUCGGAUCAUCGGUGCCUAACAUCGGCUGUGAAGAGGAUAAUUUUGAUGGGAUUUUAGUUCCAGAUUCUUUUCUUUGGAAUUUCUAAAACGAAUCAAUCUAAUUCUGGGCAUUUUAGUAUCCAGAGUUGGAUCCGAAGAUUUGGAGAGGCCAAAUUUUUACGGCCCAUUCUUUUUUUGCUCAUUCUCCGAAAGAAUUAUAUUCAAAUUAUUGUUUUCAUAUAGUUUAAUCGAAGAAGAUUGUAAAGCAAAGCCAUGAAGAUUUUUUUUUUGAAAUUUUUAAUUAACUCCUACAGUUUUCUUCCUUUAUUA